AUGGCUACCAAGAGCACUGAAGCGACCAUCGACUACCUGCUCGCCUGCCUAGACGCCACCGAGGGCAAGACCAACUGGGAGCAAGUCGCGCAGAACACUGGCUUCUAUAAGUCAGGCAAGUUUGCUAUUCAGGCUUUCCGUACUAUCGAGAAGAAGUACAAAGGCACAGUCAUUGUCAACGCCACUGCCACCACGGCUCAAGCUCCUACCCCCAAGAAGGAGGCCAAGAGAGUCGCUAAGACUCUGCUGAAGCGCUUGAUGGAGGAGGAGGAGGAGGCGGAGGAGGAGGAGGAGGACGAUGAUGAUGAUGAUGAUGAUGAUGAAGGAGGUGCUGGCAAAGUCAACGACAAGAAGAAGGUCAAGGUCGAUGCCGCUGCCACUCCGACCAAAGUCAAGCAGGAAGGCUGA